GGGAGUGGGGGAGUGACUUCCAGCCAACCGUCGACACAGCUCCGAAGUUUGGAGACUUCAGUGAAAGAUGAGGAGCGGGCUCUUUCCUAUCGAGCGAGGAACAAGGAAUUAAAGUUCAAACGUAGGAAAAUGAGGAAAAACGACAACUCAGCAAUGAAAUGUGUGUCCGUCAGUGUGCGUUGAACUCACCAUCCAAAGCCUGUCUGCGAGCACCCCGCGUUGGACACGGUGGAUUUGCUGACACUGGACUCCUUGCUCACUUCUGACAUCCAGUGUCAGCAGCCAUGAUCAACAGUCAGAUUCAGCUCCAUUACAACUACACAGGCAAGCUGGACCACAGGCCCAGCAUUGGCACCACCCCGGGCACUGUGGAUGCCAAAACCAUUGUGUUCCUCAUCAUAUGCUGCUUCAUCGUCCUGGAGAACCUCACCGUGCUUGUCGCUAUAUGGAGAAACCACCGUUUCCACAACCGCAUGUACUUUUUCAUUGGGAACCUGGCUCUGUGUGACAUGCUGGCCGGUGUUGCCUACCUGGUCAACCUGCUUCUCUCUGGAGAGAAGACCCUGCAGCUCUCACCUUCUCUCUGGUUUGUCAGAGAGGGGAGCAUGUUUGUAGCGCUUAGUGCCUCCAUUUUUAGUCUCCUGGCAAUUGCCAUAGAGAGACAUCUGACUAUGAUUAAAAUGAGGCCUUAUGAUGCCAACAAGAACUACAGAGUGUUUCUGCUCAUAGGGACCUGCUGGUUGAUUGCGAUAUCUAUUGGAGCUUUGCCUAUUCUGGGAUGGAACUGCCUGGGCGAUCUCCCUGACUGCUCCACAGUGCUUCCUCUCUACACCAAGAAAUAUGUUGCUUUCUGUAUCAUAGUUUUCAUGCUCUUGCUCUUAGCCAUUUCAAUACUCUAUGCCCGAAUCUACAUCCUUGUUAAGUCCAGCAGCAGAAAGGUGAACAAGAACAGAAACUCUGAGCAUGCCAUGUCCCUGCUGCGCACUGUCAUCAUUGUAGUUGGAGUCUUCAUCGCCUGCUGGACACCCAUCUUUGUGCUGCUCCUGGUGGAUGUGGCAUGCAAGAAGCGCUGCCCCAUCCUCUACAAGGCGGACUGGUUCAUCGCAGUGGCCGUGCUCAACUCAGCCAUGAACCCGGUGAUUUACACUCUGGCCAGCCGGGAGAUGAGGCGGGCCUUCCUGGGUCUGGUGUGUGGUGUUUGCUACAGGGAAAAGGCUUCAGGGAACGGCAGCGGGAACAGGCAGUCUCUGGAGCCCAGCCGCAGUAGGAGCAAGUCGUGGAGCAGCCAGAACAACCCAAACCAGAGCCAGCAGAGCUCCAGGCAGGCGGAGACUGGCGCGGCCCAUGGCGAGGUCUCAGUGGUGGCAGGAGGGGCUGCUCACGCUGUACUUGAGAGUGGCAGAAAAGAGUGAAAGAAGGGAGGGAGAUACCUAUGGAAGGAAGGUGAUGGUUGUCCCAGUGUUCACACACCUGUGAGUGAUGACAGACUUAGAAUGACUUGAAUUUAUUUGGCUGCAGGUCAGUGUUUUCUCCUUUAUGCUUGAUACUGAUUGAUCUGCAUCAUCUUUAAUCCACAAUUGAAAGUGUCCACACUUGGCAUUAGACUGUAUAAUAUACGACACCAAAAAAUGUUAAAAUGAAACAAUGUCACCUCUUUGUCAUGUACAGCUUACACAAAUCCAAAUAUGAUCAUUUUUAAUUUAUAUGAAUGGAUACACAUAUCACAACAAAGCAUGGUAAAGAAAAGCGGACUGUUUUUUACAUUAGCUUCUGAAAAUUUAAUGUUUUAGAUGUAUGUUGACUGAAAGAUGUUCUGCCUAAACAUUUACCCGUUUACACAUGUAACCAUCCAAGACAUGAAAUGGAAGUGCAAUUAUAUUUCUGCAAAAACAAAAUGUAAUGGAAGGAAGAUUGUAGCGAACAAGUAUUGUAAUGAAAAACAAUAUAAACUAUUUAUUAUUCUAUGCAAUGUAACCUGUCAUUUUGUAUUUACUUAGUGAUACUGCAGUAUACUGUUCAGUUACUGUAAGUAAAAAAACAACUGCACAAUAAAUUGUAGAUGUGAUGUAAGUGACAUAAAAACAAACAUUGAAGACUUGAACGUUCAGCCCCUUUCAUUCUAACAAAACAGCAUCAUC